AUGGCUAGAAAACAUGAACAUUUUGGAUUAAGCUAUUUGGAAGAAUUGAAUAUAGUUAAGGAACGUGAAAAUAUAUGCAAAGAAACUAGGCAGGAAUUUUUGAAAUUUAAACAAGAAUACGUUUCUGACCAUGGAAAUGUAAACAAAGCUUUACAGGAAGUUUUACCAUCAGGUCAGUCACUUCAGUUACUGUCUAAAACUAGAAGUCCCUUUCUACGUUCUGAAACCAAACAACUUUCUUCUGAAUCGGAUACUUUUGCAAUCCAGAAAAAAAAAAGGAUUGUUUGUGAUGAAGACGAAACGAUCGAGAUUGAAGAUACUGCAAGUCAGCCAAAGAAAUCUUCUAAGAAGCAGAACAAUACUGAUGGUAAAAAAAAGGCCUUUCAUUCUGGAAAAGCCACCCUAGAACAUAAAUGUGAGAGCCUGGGAGAUGAAAGUGAAAAAAUGCCAGUAUUAAUAGCUUCUUUUGUAGGAACCACCAAGCAGAUGCCCAUAUUGAAAAAACCAGAACCACUGAAACCAAAAUCUCCAAGGGUGCCUUGUGCAAAAAUACGAUUUAAAGAUCAAUCAAAAGAUAGCAUUGUUAAUGUUAAACAACUUGAACAAAAAAUAUUAUCUCAGCAUAUAAUUCUUCCCACAGCAGCGACCAAUACUGCAGACUUUGAUGAUACCUGUUCUGUAGUUUCCUAUAUAAGUGAAAAAUCUAUGAGCAUUUCUAAAGAAGCCUCAGAAUUAAACAUACCCAGUCACUUAGAAAGAUCUUACAGUACAAAAAGCUCUGCUUCAUCUAGUAUGAAAUUUGCUCCAGCAUACCUGGAAGAAACAAUAUCUGAAGGUAGAGUACGUUUUUCAAAAUCACAUUUGAAACCUUUUUCUUCAUACAGCAAGUCAAAGUUGUCUUCUGGAAUUGUUUCACGAUCUAUUGAUGAAAUAAUUGAAUCUUUAAAGUCUACUGUUCCCACUGCAUCAGACCUAAAGAUCAAAGAACUCUUGGAGAGUAUUCUUGGCCAGGAUUAUCUCAUAAAAAUUCAAGAGAGUAAUAGGCCUGCAAAUACUAGGUUUCAUUUAAUUGUCUACUGUGAUUGCUGCAGUGAUAGCAACAGAAUGCUGGAUUACAGGAUUGUGGAUCAUUGCAGAAUCCUUCUCAGUGGCAGAGAAAGAAAUCUACAGUAUUACUCCUUGGUAGCCCUCUUUGAGAGGCAGUCAACUAUCAAAAAAGAAAUGCAGCCAAAUGAACUGGAAUUACCAGCUAUACGAAUGGCACCAGUAGAAAGUGACAUUAUGAAAUCGGUUCCAAUUCAAGCAGCUACAGAAGAAUCAGAUCAUAUCUUUAAAACAGUUUCACCAGAACAACAAAGCAUCCAUGAAAGUGAAGAUUAUUUAUCUUCAGAGGUUGAAGUGACAUUAGAGUUAGUUGCUGAAAAGUCUAAAACUUCGGUGCAUCUCUCUAGUGAAGAAGAAUUAGACUUUGCAUCUUCAGGCAAGGACUUGAUAAUACAAGGAAAAGCAUUUCCAAAGGCUAGACCAGUUAAAAUUCAGAAAAAUAUAGAAGACCUUCAGUAUCAACAACCAGUAUCUCUCCUUUCUACAUGGACUACAAAGAUCAAAGAUGUGGAUUACCCACUUAUUCAUCUUCUAUGUACCACCUCUCCUGGGUUUGUGCUGCCCACUAAUCUGCAGCUAGUUUCUAGAGUACAUCAUACCCUAGACAAAAAUGGUCAUGAUAUUUCGUUACCACCUAUUAAUUUUGACUGCCACAAUUCUGAAGACCUAUUCCCAGUAACUGCUGCAUUUGAGAAACACAUGUUCAGAGAAAGAUCAGCCUCACUGGCAUUCACACGACAGCGAUGGCCAGAUGAAACAUCGGAAGCUUUGGAGAGGGAAUUCCAGGACGUCUUCAGCAGUGAACUGGGCAAGUACAAGGGGACCCCUAUCAAUUUUAACCUCGACCCCAACAUAGCCCCUGUCCGACUGAAGUCCCAGAGAGUCCCUUUUGCUCUGUGGCCCAAGGUUGAAGAGCAACUAGACAAGCUAGUAGCUCAAGGGGUCCUCGAACCGGUAGACCACAUAAGAUGGGAGACCCCUAUAGUGACCCCUGUGAAGCCCAAUAGGUCAGUCAAAAUCUGUGCUGACUACAAGAGUACCCUGAACCUCGCACUGCAACAGAGUGCAUAUCCGGUGCCAGUGGCUCAGCACCUAUUACAUUCCUUGGGCCGGGGCAAGAUCCUUGCUAAAUUGGACUUAGCCCAGGCAUAUCAACAACUGCCUGUGGAUGCAGCCACCGCAGAAGCCCAGACGAUCGUGACCCACAGGGGCACCUUCAAAUGCAAGUGGCUGCAAUUUGGAGUUAGCAUAGCCCCUGGCCUAUUCCAAAGCCUCAUGGAAAGGCUAUUACAAAAUCUGCCAGGAGUUGUCCCCUAUUUUGACGAUGUAAUAAUCUCAGCCGGAGACAAACCCCAGCUAAUGAAGGGGGUCCGAGCACCUACUACACAGACCAGGGAAGAACAUCCCACACACCGACACACUCAGCAGAUGCCCCCUGCCAGACUUAGUGGAAGACCCAGCCCUAGUGACUUCCAUAUUCCUUGCAGAAAGUCUCGAGCCAGGCUUACUGAUGGCAGCGGACAUCACAAGACUCACCGGAUUUAUAAGGAAGGACUUUCCAUUUCUGAGGUAUGCCAAAGCAGUCAAGAAGAUGGAAUUCAAGUUUUACCUCCAAAAUCACCAAGAAGUAUGCCUGAGUGGCAAAGAAUAGCUGAGUUCUAUGUCGAAAAGCCUCAACUGAAAUUGUUAGGAAAAAAGAUGAAACUUCAGCCUGGAUCUCUUAAAAUGUUUUGGACUCCAGCUCCCCAUAAAUUUUCUGCUCCUCUUUCCGUUAUGAAGGAAAUCUUGUUUUCCAAGUAUGAGAGCAAUUUGGUUCAUGGGGUUAUUUAUGAAGAUUUUUCCAUUGAUCUUCAAGAGAAAGAAAAGGCAGAAUGCGCAGACGACUUUGACUAUUUACUUUCUGACCAUUUGGUUGAAAGGCCAAAUAGUGCACCAGAAUUGACCUCAUACAGAGACAAAACACUUAUAAAGAUUUCUUCAAAUUUCAAAACUGCUAUGGAAGAGCUUGAUAUCAUGAGCAAGCAUGUUCCUUUAACAAAACCUAAGGCUGCAAUACCAGAAGUGGAAGUUUCUCUAGAAGAGCGUAGUUUUGCUGCUAAUCUUUCAGGAAUUAGUUUUAACCCUCCAAAAGUACCUGUAGAUCCAGAGAAAAAUUCUGAAAGAGUUACACUAAAAAUUCCUAAAGGAAAUCUUUUUGAACCACAGUCUGCUGAAGCACUUGUAGAUCAGACUACUCUUGCUGAUGAAUGUCGAAAAGCUGGAAUUAAAUCUGUGUCUCUGACUGUCCAGAAGCUUAAGAUGCAUAAUAAAAACUCUAUUAAAAUAUCUCGAACAAUUAAACUUUAUAGAAGUCCCAGCCUCCCCUGUUCGUUAAACUUUGAAACAUUUGCCAAAAAACAGGGAAAAGGACCUGAAGAUUCUAAUUAUCUUUGGGCCAGGCUAUUAUGGAAUAAAUGGUUUGGGGAGCUGUUUGUUCCCAGUAACAAACCUGCUGAAGAUAAACAGAUGUUAGGCAAACGUCUUUUAGAACAGGAAACGGAGGAUGCUGCAAAAGAAAAAGAAUUACCAAACUACGUGAAUCCUUUCCUAUUUGAUGGCAAAAAAGAAGAACUUGCACAGUGUGAGCAUGAGAUUGAGAGAAUAACCGAAGAGAUAAAUAAAGGAUGUGCUAUAGCAUUUAACUAUUGUCGUCGUGGAGCAAUAUACAGAAAGAUUGGAAAAAUGCAGUCAGCGUUGGAUGACUUAGAAAAAGCAAUACAUUUGGAACAAUUUCUGGCUAAUGCCUAUUGGCAUAGACACUUAAUAUUUGUUUACCAAAACAAAAUUCUUCCAGCUCUGGAAGAUUUGAAUUUUAUAAUUAAAUGCAAUGUAAGCUAUACAGAUGCUUAUUUGUCUAGAGCUCAGAUAUAUAGAAAACAGGGAAAUAAUCACUUGGCAAAGAUAAAUUACACUUUGGCACUGAGAUAUAGACCCACAGAUCCUGAAAUAUAUUACAAGAGAGGUGAAAUCCAUGAAGAAGAGGGUGAAUUAAUACUGGCAAUGGAAGAUUAUACAAAGUGCCUUUACUAUGAUCCCCAAAGAAUUGAUGCACGUAUGAAACAUGGAGUAUAUUAUUUUAACAAAUCAAAUUGGGCUGUAGCUAUGAAUGAUUUUACAACUGUGAUUAAAAAUGAUCCAAAACAUGCAGAAGCAAGAACCUACAGAGGAAGAAUUUACAUUAAGCUAGAGCAAUAUCAAAAUGCAGCUGCAGAUUUAGCUGCUGCAAUUCAUUUGAAUCCCCGUAACUGGAUAGCAUUCUAUUACAGAGGUUGCAUUUUGAGGAAGAUUGAUCCAAAACAGUCUCUACAGGACUUAAGUGUUUCUGUCCUUCUCAAUCAUAAAUUUGACAAUAUUGGUGCUUUCCUUCAUCGUGGGAUCUUGUACGCAGAAUUGAAACAGUGGCACCUGGCUAUCUGUGAUUUUGAAAAUGCAAUUGCUUUGGACAGGAGUUUUACAACACCUUAUAUAAACAUUGGAUUGAUUAUGAUGUUGCAUUCAGAUCAGUAUUUUGAUGCUAUUUUACGGUUCACUGAAGCCAUUCGGGUUGAUCCAUUAGAUGUUAUACCUUACUUGUGCAGGGCACAAGCUUACCAAAAGGUUCAUGAUUUAAAGAAUUCAGUUAAAGACAUAAAUAGAGCCAUUCACCUCCAUCCCAACUUACCCCAUUUAUUCUUAAUAAGGGGACAGUAUUUACUACAAAUGAAGCAUUUUCAACUUGCAAGUUUCUGUAUACACCAAGUGGCAGAAAUGGACAAAGGAUCUCUUGGAUGUUCACUUGUUCAAGAAGCACUUGUGCAGUCAUUUUGUCAAAACUAUAAUAAGGCUAUUGAGUGUGCAAUUGCAGCCACAAGAAGCCAACCUGAGCCUGCUAUAUAUUGUCUACUUGGAAAAAUCCAGAUGAAAGCCAAAAAAUUUAAGGAUGCUCUUUCCAGUUUUAAUGAGGCUUUGUUGCUGCUAGGUGGCAUUGAAAGGUAUAUUCCUAAUACCUUUGAGGCUGCAGAAUUAUAUUUUUUAAUGGGCGAGUGCUACAUGGAGCAAGUUUUUCUAUUAGAGGCCUGCGAUGCUUUUAGUUCUGCUGUCAGACUAUAUCCACGAUAUGCAGAUGCAUUUUACCAGCGAGGGCUUUGCAGAAUGCAGCUCCAACAAGCUAAAUGCAUCUUAGAUUUUAACAAAACUCUUGCCAUUAUACCAAAGCAUUUUCAGGCUUACUUAAGCCGUGCUGCUUACUACGGUAGCAAAGGAAGAUACUCGAAAGCAAUAAUGAAUUGCACUGAAGCCCUCAAAAUUGAGCAACGUAGUGUGAGAGCAUAUCUUUACAGAGGAGUACUGAAAUUUUACAACAGGACUUACAAGAAUGCUGUUGAAGAUUUAACUAAAGCUAUAGAAUUGGAUAAAAUGUGCACUUUGGCAUAUUAUAACAGAGCAAUUGCGUUCCAACAAUUGAAGGACUAUGAACAUAGUUUGAUCGAUUAUAAGACUGUUCUUAGUCUUGAGACAAGCAAGGACAUUGUCUUGAAAGUGCUGAAAAAUCGUGCUCUAGUUUAUAUAGAAAUGAAACAGUAUGAAUAUGCGCUAAAGGAUUUUGAAGAAGUGGCAAUGACUGAAAAAAAAAAUGCAGGAUUAUUGAAUUCCAUUGGACUUUGCUAUCAUAGACUUCAGAAAUAUGAAGAAGCGGUGGAAUCAUUUUCUAAAGUUCUUAAACUCAAUCCCUUUUCUUUGGAUGCCUACAUUGGUCGAGGAAACGCAUACCUGGAAUAUGGUCAUAGCAAAGGCACCAGACAAGCCCUAAAGGAUUUCUUGACAGCUGUACAUAUCAAUCCAGUGUGCAUAAAGGCUAGACUUUGCUUAGGAUACAGCUUGCAGGCUCUUGGAAAAUUUCAGAAAGCGUGGACUCAGUUUUCAGCAGCCAUUCAUUGUGAUCCUAGUUGUCACAAUGCUUACGAUGGACGUGCUAUAGUCUGUCUGCAGAUGGGGGACAUAUUUGCCGCUUUUCAAGAUACAAAUGCUGCACUAAAGAUAACCACUAAUGCAGAACUACUUACAAAUCGAGGUGUGAUUAAUCAGUUCAUGGGAUAUUUAAACUGUGCUAUGCAUGACUAUCAGCAGGCUAUCACCAAAGAUCCCAGCUAUGCUUUAGCCUAUUUCAAUGCAGCAAAUGUCUACUUUUUAAACAAGCAGUUCUCACAGGCAAAUGACUAUUAUACCAAAGCCAUAGAACUUGAUCCCCAAAAUGAAUCUGCUUUCCUGAAUCGAGCUAUUACAAAUACGCUCUUAAGAAAUUUUGAAGAAGCAAAAACAGAUUUUGAGAAGGCAAUUUCCUUGUCCCCUUUGUCGGCAGCAAUAUAUUUUAACAAGGCAAAUCUCUACAGCAUGUUACAGCAAUAUGAGCAAGCCGAGGAAGACAUUUCAAAAGCACUUUCAAUUCAACCUUAUGAUGCCUUGCUGUAUAAGCUCAGAGCAGAUAUUCGUGGAAAAAUGGGAUUAAUUAAAGAAGCAAUUGCUGAUUACAAGAAAGCCAUCAGCAUCCAAGAGCUAAUCAACAGCAAUUGA